GAUAAAACUUCAAUGGAGGAUAGCCACGUGACGAUGAGUUCAUAAAACCGCUCAUUUUAAUGUGCUCUCCUAAUUAAUUACCUGUAACUAAAAAUAUUUAAUGUUUUGGAGACGCCAAUCAUGUCUGUGUGUUGCAACUGUAACUGUGAUAUUUUUUAUUUCAAUUUCUCAGGCAUCAGUUUCAGAUGCCAUAAUAAAUACAACGUCAGGUGAACCAGUAGAUUACACCAAGGGUGUUUUUCUCUCUUUGGAUGCUAUAUUUGACGUGUUUAAUAUGCCAGAGUACAGAAACAUUGAAGAGGUCAAAAAUUUGUUGGAGAUGUUCGACAGACAGUGCCAAUUUCAGUCGGGCAAGAAAUACCUGAGGAACCGCCACCGGCACAUUUUUGUAGUGAUAGAGGGAACACCGUCAUCAGGGUCACGAUUUUUUAGUAACAAGUUAGUCAGACAUAUAUCAGGAAGCUAUGUUAUGUCUCCACCUAACUGUUUUGCUGCAUUUCGUCAAUUCUUUGAUACUCAAGAUUUUCUCUUGCGCUCAGCUUUUUAUGCACUGGGAAACUACAUUGUUGCAGAGUUCGUCAAGAGAACCUAUUUCUUCAAGCCAGUUGUUGUUAACAGGUACUGGCAGAGUCAAGCAGCCCUAGGUCUGACGAAGGAGGCUAUACAAGGUAAAGGGCUCCCUCCUGGUGACUCCCCCCUGUACCGUUGGCCGAGGGAUCUCCUGGUACCAGACAUCAUCUUCUUCCUUACCAAGACUCAGGUCAUCCUGAACCCCACCAUUGGAGAGGGCAGACCAGUCCUGACAAAACAAUUCACUGAUUUGAUGAUAGAAACGUACACCCGGAUGAGAGAUCCGCCAGUCAUAGACGUUGAUGGAGGCGCUUUCAAGACCAAAACGUUCACGACCAUUAAGAUGCUAGUGAACCUAACACAGCAACACCUCAUAGAAACUUACAAUGCGAUGGGAUUUUCACAAAUCAAGAGCAAAUCAGUGCAUAGUAAGAGCUUAUGAAAUUUAUGACAAAGUAAAACUGGCAAGAAGUUUAAGAUUGAUUUGAAAAUGUAUUAAUAGUAGAUAUAGGAGUAGUUUGAAAUAUUCUUCCUUACUAAAUGUUUUAAAGUUAAAGAGAUAUUGACGUAAAACUGUUUUAAAACUCACA